CACUCAGGAGGACCACAGGACUGCACCUUGGAACCCAAAGUCGAAAUGUGGAACUCGGUUAUGCUCUGCUGGUGGGUCCUUCAUGGGAUCCAGCUGGCAGCUGGAGCGGUUCAUGGCUGUGGAGUUCCAGCCAUCAAGCCAGUGAUCACAGGCUAUGCCCGCAUAGUGAAUGGAGAGGAGGCCGUGCCCCACUCGUGGCCCUGGCAGCUAUCUCUGCAGGACUUCACAGGCUUCCACUUCUGUGGAGCUUCUCUCAUCAACGAGAACUGGGCCGUCACUGCCGCUCACUGCAAUGUCCAUACCAGCCAUCGUGUCAUCGUGGGGGAGCACGACAAGGAGAAGCCUGGUGAAGAAAUCCAGACCAUGAGGGUGGAGAAGGUUUUUACCCACCCCGAGUGGAACCCAUAUGCCAAGGACAAUGACAUUGCCCUCAUCAAGCUGGCUUCCCCAGUGACCCUCAACCGCAACGCAUCCCCCGUGUGUCUGGCUGGCUCCUCGGAUGUAUAUGAACCCGGAACUCGCUGCGUGACCACGGGCUGGGGCCUGACCGAAGACAAUUUCCUGUUCACACCCGACAAACUGCAGCAGGUCGCCUUGCCACUGGUCUCCAAGGACCAGUGCAUGGACCACUGGGGCAGCAUGAUCUCCGAUGUCAUGAUCUGCGCAGGUGCCGACGGCGCUUCCUCCUGCAUGGGCGACUCCGGCGGCCCGCUGGUGUGUGAGAGGAACGGAGUCUGGAACCUGGUGGGCAUCGUGUCCUGGGGCAACAGCCUCUGUGACAUCAACAUCCCCGCUGUGUACUCGCGUGUCACCGCCCUGCGCUCCUGGGUGGACCAGGUCCUCGCUGCCAACUAA